AUGUCGUUCUCUAUCUUGAAACUAGUAGUGGGUCCAAACCCUCCGGUGAUCAAACCAAAUGAGUCACAUGCGAAACGGCCAAGAAUACCAAUGGUGAAAAUAGCUCUUGUCCCUCUUCAGAUCAGAAGCAAGGAAGAAGAAAAACAAGCAGAUAAAACCUUCACCAGAGUCUCACGGAGAGAUAUAGCAUUGUGUUUGACUGCUGCAUCUGUAAGUGGAUUCACUCUUUUUUCACCAGAGCAUGCUGAAGCACGCAUUUCAAGAGCCGAGAUGAAGAGGAUAAUUAUGGAGAAGCUUGAAAUGCUCAGGGCAAAGGCUGGGUUAACGAACUCAAAAGUUGAGACCGGGGAAAAGAUUCCCCCACCUCAACCAUUAGAAAAGGGAAAAAAGUCUUCUCCUCCUCUACCAAGUCUCCUGAAUGGUGCAGCUGCACCUCUGGUGGAACCAACUCUGCCAUGA